ACCCCAUCAUUGCCUUCUCUUCCACCUCAGGCGUCUUAAUAAACGCCCCGUUUUGGUUCUCUCCGUCUCUGCUUCUCUCUCCGAUCCCGACCUCAUUUCUCCGUCAAAUCUUCGCCGUCAGUUCGUCUUCAACCGAAAAUGAGGGAGUGCAUUUCGAUCCACAUCGGUCAGGCCGGUAUUCAGGUCGGAAACGCCUGCUGGGAGCUUUACUGCCUCGAGCAUGGAAUUCAGCCUGAUGGCCAGAUGCCAAGUGACAAGACUGUUGGUGGAGGUGAUGAUGCUUUCAACACCUUCUUCAGUGAGACUGGUGCUGGGAAGCAUGUGCCUCGUGCAGUGUUUGUAGAUUUGGAGCCCACUGUCAUUGAUGAAGUGAGGACUGGAACAUACCGCCAACUCUUCCACCCUGAACAGCUCAUCAGUGGCAAGGAAGACGCAGCCAACAACUUUGCUCGUGGCCACUAUACCAUUGGGAAAGAGAUUGUUGACCUGUGCCUGGACCGUAUUCGAAAGCUUGCUGACAACUGCACUGGUCUCCAAGGGUUCCUUGUUUUCAAUGCCGUGGGUGGAGGCACUGGUUCAGGUCUUGGCUCCCUUUUACUGGAACGUCUCUCAGUGGACUAUGGCAAGAAGUCCAAGCUUGGAUUCACUGUCUACCCCUCUCCACAAGUAUCUACCUCUGUGGUUGAGCCCUACAACAGUGUUCUCUCAACCCACUCCCUUCUGGAACACACUGAUGUUGCUGUGCUGUUGGAUAAUGAGGCCAUCUAUGACAUAUGCAGGCGCUCCCUUGACAUUGAACGCCCUACCUAUACCAACCUCAACCGCCUCGUUUCACAGGUUAUCUCAUCUCUGACUGCAUCUCUGAGGUUUGAUGGUGCCUUGAAUGUGGAUGUGACUGAAUUCCAGACCAAUCUUGUCCCAUACCCCAGAAUCCACUUCAUGCUUUCAUCUUAUGCUCCUGUUAUCUCAGCUGAGAAGGCAUAUCAUGAGCAGCUUUCAGUUGCAGAGAUCACCAACAGCGCAUUCGAGCCUUCCUCCAUGAUGGCCAAGUGCGAUCCUCGCCAUGGUAAAUACAUGGCCUGCUGUCUCAUGUACAGAGGUGAUGUGGUGCCCAAGGAUGUCAACGCAGCUGUUGCCACCAUCAAGACCAAGCGUACCAUCCAAUUUGUUGACUGGUGCCCCACCGGAUUCAAAUGUGGUAUCAACUACCAGCCCCCAACUGUUGUUCCAGGUGGUGAUCUCGCCAAGGUUCAGAGGGCAGUGUGCAUGAUCUCAAACUCCACCAGCGUUGCUGAGGUGUUCUCACGCAUUGACCACAAGUUUGACCUCAUGUAUGCCAAGAGGGCCUUCGUCCACUGGUAUGUCGGUGAGGGAAUGGAGGAAGGUGAGUUCUCUGAGGCCCGUGAGGAUCUUGCUGCCCUGGAGAAGGACUAUGAGGAGGUUGGUGCUGAGGGCGAGGAGGGCGAAGACGGUGAUGAGGGAGAUGAGUAUUGAGUACUUAUAUCAUCCGUGUCUAGCCAGUUAGAUUGUGUUUCUUAUAGUUGCUAUGUGCUUGUGGUGUGUUUCUAUCAUUUUAGUUUGAAAACUUGAAGCAACUCUGGUGUGGUUAUAUUUGUUCCUGUACUAGACUUCUGUGAAUGUGGCUUUGCUGUUAUAUUCAGAGCUUUAAUGUUGAGUGUUCA